AUGUCUGAUGUGAAACCAGUGCUCUCACCAAUAUUCCAAGGAAGCAAACUGUCCAAGGUUGGUGGACAGCCCCUCUUUGAACCGUUUAUAUAUCAGAGUACUAUAGGAGCCCUUCAGUAUUUAACGCACACAUGGUCGGACAUCACGUAUGCUGUCAACCAACUAAUUCGGUUCCUUCAAACCCCAACUAAUGUCCAUUGGCAAGCAACAAAAAGGGUACUUCGAUAUAUCAGGGGAACAAAACACUAUGGAAUCUACUUUCAACCAAGCCUGAACCUACAUAUAUUUGCCUACUCGGAUGCUGACUGGGCCUCUAAUCUUGAUGAUAGGAAAUCAGUGGCAGCCUACUGUACUUUUGUGGGAAAUAACAUCGUUUCCUGGUCCUCGAGGAAGCAAUCAGUGGUAGCAAGGUCGAACACCGAAUUCGAAUAUAGAGCACUUAUUCAUGCCACCUCUGAAGUCCUCUGGCUUCAACAACUACUAGGUGAGAUGGGAUUAUAG